AGUGGUCCUGACCUUCCCCAAGAGACCGAGUCCUUAUCGGAGCCGGCAAAUUGGUCGCACGUUACUUUCCUCCCAGGACCCAACGCGGUAGUCGCCACGAUUUCGUCCCCUCCAACGAAGAGAGUAAUUUGUCCCAGCCGCCUCUUUUUUGACUUGCGAUUAGCGAAUCCCGCCGAUUAUCGAUUAUCACUUGUCAUAAUAGAGGGAAAAUUGACCGAUUACUCUGUUGUUGUUCCUUUGAUGCUAUUAUAUCGGAUCCUUUGGACUUUUCUUAAUCGGCGAUAUUGUACGCGUGAAAAAAGUCUGCACCCGGCUGUGAAUCGGAUAUCAUCCACCGGUUGAAGUGCUUUCGCUCGUGAGUAUAGUAUCUCCGCGAGUUCCGGUCCCGUUUCGUGGCUCCUUUGAAUUUCCCGCUCCCGUUUUUGGACGCGCGCGUGUGAAUACGUUUGCUUAUUUCGCCUUCCCAAGUGCAUCCGGCAAAUUUUACACGGUUGACAGUGAUAUAUUUAAGACAAAUAAAUAUUAAUAAAGGUUUCUGGAAUAGUGUGGUUUUCUUUUUAGUGAGCAUUCAAGUGAAAGUUAGCUCAAUUUAAAGUUAUACCUGGAUAAUCUAUUUCUUAGGAAUACUUUUUUGGGUGAUGGAUUUAGUUUACCUUCAUUCUUUAAGGAGCCAAGGAUCGACUUGAGGACACGAAAACGCCCCCUCAGAUUAAAUUGAUUCAAUUUAAGUUGAUCAGUACUCUGUAGGGAAUAAAAUGACGACGAGAUAAAAUCUCAGAACACACAUUUAAUUCAAGGCUCGAACGAGCCGAGUUACACUUAUCAUUCUUAUCAUCUAAAUCUUUGCACUAAGCAAGAAUAUAUUCAUUUCACUGGUUAGAGAAUUAGAAACGUCUCGAAAACCCGAAAACAAAAACAAAACAAAAAAUAUGAAUUGUGAUAGAUAACGUAGCAGAUCAACCUACUCUCUAAGCUUCCAUUGUGAUAUAUUUUAUUUUACAAACCUUUAGUCAAUAUGGGUUUAACGCAGUAUUCAAAAGUUGGCCAGACCGCUAAAAAUCGGCUCUUUGGAAUCACUCCCCUAAGUAGGGCCUCCAGCAGACGCGGUCAUGGAUCAACCCCUCUUUCGAUGCUCGUCUCACAGCAAGGAAAAAUCAGCUCAGGGCGCCUCGCUGUUAUAGUCAUUGGGCUUUUCACAUUAGCCAUAGGAAUCAUAUUAUCGUCAAUACCUUGGCUGGAUUACCUGAUACUCAAGAAUUUGAGGUUGUGGAACGGUUCACUUAGUUACCAUUACUGGCAGAAACCCGGUGUACUCAGGCUUACCAAAGUAUUCAUUUUUAAUGUAACUAACCCGGAUGAAUUUUUAAAUCAUGGUGAAAAACCUAAGCUUAACGAAGUUGGACCUUUUGUUUACCGAGAGGACAUGGAGAAGGUAAACAUCAAGUUUCAUGACAACGGUACCGUCAGUUUUCAACACAGGAAAAUAUUAGAAUUUGUGCCGGAACUGUCAAUAGCGGACCCGGAAACGAAAUUUGUUGUACCCAACAUACCCCUACUGACGCUGACAACGCAAGCAAAUAGCUUGAAACCUAUCGUGAAAGCAACCCUGUCUCUGUUUCUACGGGUGAUGACCGAUAUGACACCAUUCAAGACGGUCACGGCGCAAGAACUCGUUUUUGGAUAUGAUGAUACUCUCACGUCAUUGGCCAACAGAUAUUUUCCGAAAGGGAAACGCCCACCGAAAAAGAUGGGCCUCUUCCUUGGAAGAAACGGAACAUUGAAUGAAAUUUCUACUAUCUACACUGGCCACACCGGAAUGCAUCAAUUCGGAGUUAUGGACAAACUCAAUGGAUUGGACCACUUGCCGUACUGGGACUCAGCCCCAUGCAACUCGAUAGCUGCCUCAGAAGGGUCGUUCUUCCCUCCCCGUGCUUUCACGAAUUCUGACGUAGUGCACGUGUAUGACAAAGACCUCUGUCGGAUCUGGCCGUUGAGGUAUCGUCACGACACGGAGAAGAACGGUGUGAACGUGGGCUAUUACACACCCGACGACGAUAUAUUUCAACCCGGUGAACUUCACUCGGACAACAAAUGCUAUUGCCCAGGCAACAUCCCUUGCCCGCCCAAAGGCCUCCAAAAUAUUAGCCCCUGUCAAUUUGAUGCCCCAGUCCUCCUGUCAUUUCCGCAUUUUUAUCAGGCAGACCCCGCAUUAUUGGAUGCAGUCGAUGGAUUGACGCCAGACCCUGAAAAACAUCAAACAUUCUUCAAAAUUCAACCUAAAUUAGGAGUGCCGUUGGAGGCUCGAGUCAAAGUUCAGUUAAACUUAGCCGUGGAACAAUCAAAUAUUCAUAUCGUUAGGCAGUUUCCGUCCAUUACCUUCCCCAUUAUGUGGGUUGAAGAAGGUGUCGGCGAUCUUCCACCACACAUUCUACGGUGGAUUCAGUUAGCAAUUUACUCGGAGAAAAUCAUGCCGUACGUAACGGUGGGCAUGGUGAUUUUCGGAGCCUCGAUCCUCGUUUUCAUCUUCGUGAGGGCGUACAAAGACAUCGUCUUCACGCAAGAGAACUUCGAGCGGGGGAAAGCCAAGUUCCGGCGAGGGAGCAGCUUCAUCGUGAACGGACAACACAGGCUCAUCAUCCUCCAGGGAUCCGACUCCUACUCCUUACUCAAUAACGCUACUCAAGAGACUGAACUCGACCCUGAUCCUAGCUUGUAGAUGUUGAAAUUUUAUCACAUUUUCCUCUACCAUUUCUUGUUUUAAGUUAUCAACUAUAUAAGCGUUUUCCAAGCUUAUCUACGAAUGAUCAAGUUCCCAUUUCUUCACUUUCGAAAUGAUCUAGACCUUCACUCGAGCCCAAGUAGCACAGUCCAAUGAAAACGAUGAAAUAAAAUUGCAAUUUUUUGCCACAAAAUUGCUAUGUAUGUAUAUUAUUUGGUCAAUUAACGCCGUUUUGAACAAUCAACGAGGUGAGCCCCGUGUAUCAGAGAGAUAGGCAAUAUGCGAUGCAAUGAGAAAUUGCAGCUUACAUUUCAAUUUCAUUGCAAUACAUUGCAACAAGAAGUGCCCCUUCAAUCAGUAGAUAGGCAUCUUUUGUGCCACUCCGAUGCAAUGGCAAUAAUUUUGCCAUGUAAUUGCAAAUUAUUUCAAUCUGUGCUACUUAGGAGCUUGAAAGAAAACAAAUUCUUGACUGAGUUAUAUAUCUUGCCAAAAAUGUAUUUAUGUUUUUAUUGAGGCCGUCCUCGGCCAAAUGUUUGGUGAUGAUGAUGAUCAAAUCCUCUUAAUCUGUGUGAUUGGCAUCUGUAAAUCCUUGCUAUUUCAAUGAGUCUCUUGCAAAUAAAAGACACAGCGAACUGAGUGGACUAUUCAUCGGUGAAAUCGCAGGAAAAUUGUCGAGCGAUUAAAAAAAGUCUGAAAAUUCAGUCUUCGUUGCACAAUUUGCGUGGUCCAUUAUGCGAAAUUUCAAAUUUUCCCGAGCUUUUUUUCCUCGUCGCCAGAAACCAAAGUUGUGGUGAGGAAUGUGAAUAAACCUACCUCAAAAAACAAACAACGGUCUUAAAAACGGUUACCGACAUGUUUUACGUGUAAUUUCAAUCGUCUUUAAAUCGAUAUAUUUCAAGAAAACGGCAGAAAGCAAUUGUUUAAAACCGUUGAAAUUAUACACGAAAACAAUUAUAGUAACAGCUUCCAAGAUAAUGUGUUUAUUUAUAUUUGAAUUUCUCAAAAUUCUCUUCGAGGAAACCUUGGCAAUCGUGCAAUUUAGCAUCCAAAGUUAAUGUUUUAUAACAAAAGUUUGCUUUUGGCUGUCAUUUAUGAAAAAUGCAGUGCUUUCUGAGGUAUUAGCCACGGACUUUUUUAAUUUUCUGCUGUGAAUUUCGUGUGCAUUUUUUAUUACUCCAUUGCCAUUUUUGGGGAAAAUAUUACGUCCGAACUGACUGCGCACAACGGUGCUGGUCCUCAAUGUGCACCUUACGUCAGCUAUCUACUCAGUAGCGAUUCUUGGAGGUUGGCAGCAUUGUAAUUCCUUCGUUUGAAUGUGAGUAAAAAAAUGAAUUCUUAGUGAGGCAAAUUGUCACUCCUAAAAUUGAUAUGUUUUAUGGUUUUAAAUGGAGGGAAAUCUGUGUUGCCAAGUUUCAAGAAUCACCACUGUUUCUACCCUUGUUAAAAUACGUGGGCUCUCUAUGCCAAAAAGGUGCUCGCUCAAUGUGCCAGUUUCUUCCCGGAAGGAUAUGUUUGCUGACGCGCAUGGAUCUCGCAUAUCUCCCAUCAGCAAUCGUCAGCGUGACCUAUUUUUCACAGAGAAUAUGCACGAUACUAAACGAAGUCUCCUCACGAUUUUUAACUGUCAUUGUUACCACCGCACUAAUUUUAGGCCGGGUAAAACUCACCCUCAGAGAAUGGUCAUGUAUUUUAUUUGAACGUGGAUGGGCAAAUUGAUGAGUGGAAACAGCUUACGAACUGAUAAAUGUCACUCAGUGAGACUCUAGGGUACCUGACUUUAGGCAUAUCUGUGUUUUUGUGUUCAAUCAAUCAUGUAAUUUCUCAAAUAUUGUUUUCUUGCCUUUCGGAGUGCUUUCAAUGAAUUAAAUAAGGUAAUUCAAUAUUUAUAUCUUAUUAGGCUUACGAGACGAGUUUCGAAUUCUUUGAGAAAAAAAAAUAUUUCAGCAUAACUGUGCUAACUAACCAGUGAUACAGUAUUUUCAUUGAAAUUACGUUUCCAUCGAUUUUUUUUUUUUUAUAUAUUGAAAACAUGUCUGACUAAUCUUCUUCCGACGGCGUUUCAUCUGCACUUGUUCUACACUGAACUCUUUGUUGCAUAGCGUCUUAUGAAGGCAACAAACGGUUUUCAGCUUCAUUUCUAUGCUGGAGUAUUAAAUUGAAUCAAAGCAAGAAAUUAUUUUUGGGAAGCAUUAUAAGUCUGAUCUGCUGACUUAAAAAAAACUACAAAAAUCGAUUCCAACUGAAUUUAUUGUCGAAAAAAUACUGUACGUUGUCGAUUUCCUUUUCAAAAUCAACGAUUAGCUCCUGCAACAAAGGGUUAAAAUUGGUGAGACUUUCAUUUUUGAAGUAUUGAAAAUCAUCAAAAUUUAACCCCCCAUUUUUCAGGUUUUCCAUUUUCAUUUGUUGCCUAUCUUCUAAAUUCUCUAAUUUUUUUCCAAGCAAGUAAACUAAAUACGAAAUUAUUAAAAGUGUUGAAUCAAAUUUCACCGAUUGUAUCCUCCAGAGAAUUAGCGCCACCAGUCACUUGUUACGGCACAAGAAGAACUGCAGCAAAAUUCUUGUAAAUGGUGAAACGCUUUGAAGUCAGGGAAAUCAAGAAUCCAAAGAUUUUUCAGAAAAACUGAUACUGUGUAAAUUAGAUACUUUAUUUUGAAUAACUUGUGAAUUGAAUUCUUUCUUAAAUUUAUGUUAUUUCCUUGUGUUUCUCGCUUUUUUAUUUAUUUUUCUUAAGAGCACAGCCUUGAAUUCAAAUGUGAAACCCUUUGAGUUGGCAAGAUGCCUAGUAAAAUUAAAUAUUUCAGCCCUCAACCAAUCUUGUAGGCGAUCAUUUGUACUUAGGAAAGUAACCUAAUGGAUUUAAUACUGAAAUCAAUUCUUCCUUCACUAACAUAGUUUAUCUAUACUCUUUGCUUUCACAUGUUUGCCCAUACGUGUUGAGCAAUUGUUAAUUCAUCUUUUUUCUCUCAAAAUGUGUGCUGAAUUACCAGUACCACUCCCCUAAGAUUUGUAAAGGCAGUUUUUAAAGGUAUUCGCAUACUUUGAUUUGAGCCACAAAGUCAAGACUAUACCAAUCUGAUUUUUAAAAUAUCACUGUAGGCAUUUAUUUACUCAAAGUGGUCUUAAUUUAUUUUUGACGCUACAGAAUGUAACAAAUUCGGUAUUUAGACGGAAAAUAAUGAUUGAUUGAACGUAUUUGAUAGUUUUCUUUUGUACAGUUUAAAAAGUGUAGUUUUUAUCUUAUUUAUUUUUAUGUCUUGUAAAUACCGUUUUGCUAUUUUACUUUACUUUGUUGUUUAUGUGACGUGUAAAAUAAAGUUGUCCGAUAAACUUCAAUAGUAAAUGUUUCAAUAUUUAUCUCUAUCUCUAAAUACGACAUAUUCUUAAAGGUUUAAUGACGAAGCUUUAGAGGGGUUUUACUUUUCCAAAUUCCAGGCGCCAUACUAUAUUUUGCAUUAAAACAUUGUAACUUUAGAGUAAGAUUGUAUUGAAGAAAAAAGUGUAAAAAAAAAAAUAGUAUACGAUAACCUCACGAUUCUAAUGAUGAAAGGAAUACAAUGACUGUGUCCCUAUAUUAUCAGAAAAUCAAAUUACACCGCAACGCGCCAUAUUUUACCCCAAGCAUAGAUCAGCUAAUACGACGACAUUCCAACUGGUGUACGUUCGAUUCAUUAUCAUGAUUCUUCAUUGAAAAAUAUAUCUUUUAACUAUUUUCUACUUUUACUUUGACAUCUCGCGUUAUUCUGUCACUCUCAUUUGUUUGUCUGUAAUCACUCGGCGUGAACAACACUAAAGUGGAGUAAAUUUGGAAAAAGGAACUAUUUUUUCUGGUUCCGAUUAGAAACAACACGUGAGCUGUUGUUUCCGUAUGAAGAUAAGUGAUUUUAUGGAUGAAUCAGAAAUAAUAGUUCCUUAUUACAAAAUGCAGUCCAAAUCUUUGCCUGUUCUUGCCACUCCGUCACGGUGGUGGAUAUUAUUUAUAGUUAUACAAUAUUGCCGCCAAAGAAAGACUAAUAUCUUACUUGAUGAGAUUAGAAUUAUUUUACUUUAAGUUUAUAGGACUUAUAGAUUUUGUUCCCAUGUAAAAAUAUUUUGGAUAAGCAAUAUCGACAUGAUUCUGACUUGAAAAAUUGAGCUGUCUUCGGUGCUCCAUUGAAGUUAUUUUUCGUGUAUUCUUUCAUUUUCUAAUAUAUUUAUUUAACUUACGAAAUGAGCAAUUUUGCGGGCAGAAUGUACCGCAUGGAUUUUUUUGUGAUUUAUUCUUUCGUUUGAACUUCUUAAUUGUAACUGUGACAUUAAAGUUUCUGAUUAAGGUAGUUAUGAACGAAAACUCAUAAUACUCACACCUCGCCAAAAUGGAGUGCGCAAUGUGCUCUUCUAAUUGGACGUAUUUAUGUCAAACGGAACUAAGCGCCAUGGAAAAGCAUUGCGAGUAUAGGACGCAAUGAGCCCGACGCUCGGUUCCGCCGCCAAUCCAAGCCCCCCUUUACCUUCCUCCCCUUAUGGCGCUUAGUUCCGUUUGACAGAAAUACGUUCAAUUGAUGGACUCAAAUAAAAGCUUUCUAGCCGCUCAUCUUUAUAUUUUUAUGUUCAAUGUGUACACAUCCUUUCUUGCCUUAUAUUACGUUGCCUUUCAAUCUUAAUCAUUUUCUCUUAGUGUAGAAUUAAUUAUCUUACAUUUUAAAAACAUAUACAUAUCUUACGAGAAGACGCCAUGCAAUCGCCAACAAUAUGACUUUUGACUUUGAGGUAGGAGUUGAAAGAGAGCAGGUCCUCCGAUUUUCAGUUGAAAUAUUAUUUCAAUACUUUCAUUAGGUAGUAACACCAAGCCAUAAUGAAUCGGAAACGUCCCACUUGAUUUUUCUGUAGGCAUUAAAACCCUAAAUUGGCUGUGCUGCUCUGUCUUUGUCAAAGUUUUCAAACCAAUUUGACCUAUUUUAGAAAUUCAACUUUUAUUUCAACCUCGAGAAGGGUCCUGAUGAGGAUAUAUUAAUCUACGAAAAAUAAAAUGACCUAAUAUAAUGAAAACAAAUGCUGAAAUCUCACGGGCAGAUUACAAGGAUUACUUCAAAUGUUGUCAAAAUUAUAAUUCGUUUUAUUCGAGUUUUUAAAAUGUACCUACCUUUCAUUGUUCAAGAACUAUGUUUCACUUUACGGUCUGCUCGUGCAUUUAUAUUAAACGACUCGAACUCAACAAAAGGAGUUUCAUGGAGUUGUUACAUUAUUCCUUCUUUUCUAAAAUCACGAUCACAAUUCAAAAGCAUAAAAGUUGGUGAUUUAGUUGGCUUGCACGUAAACAAAGUCAGGAUUUUGAUCAUGAAAUUCUGAAAAAAAAACCGGCUGCUGAUAUGUAGAAUCGAAUAAGAACUUGAAUCUGUGUUGCUUAGAGGAAAAUUAGCUGCGCAUGUUUGGUUAAAUUAACUAAAGUUUACAUAGGUAUUUUAUAUUCCAACAGCACCGACUUUAAAAGUAUUGUGUUUAACAUAAAACUAUGAAUCCAUGAGGAAUGCUUAAGAGGAGUCAUUCAAGACUGAGCAUUAAUGGACAGCUUUCGAGUGCUUCUUGAGUAUAUUAGGGAUUUUACCACUUUCUACAAUCGUGAUAGGUGCAACUCAUACUUCCGUUUCGUAUGCAUCAAUCGCAAGUUAAGGGGGCAGAGAUCAAAUACAUCCUUCCUAUUCAAUUUUCAAGCUUUUGUUACGUCUCAACAAAUUUACGAAUGAGCAUUACAAGUUCAUGCUAUACCUGCAAACCAGAUAUGAACAAGAUAUGAACUAUGUAGAGCAUAAAAAAAAAGUCGGAUAAUGUGCAAUAACCGUAAAGUGCCUUACUUGGUGUGUCACAUUUAAAUAAUUUUUGCAAUGGUACAAAUUGAUAUGUUCUUCAAAAUAAUUCUACACAUUUUUGAACUUUGAUGCUGUGAAACAGUAUGAUUAACUCUAAUGUCUGUGUUAAAAUAUUUAGGAAAAUAAAAACGUUUUCAAUAAAUUUUGA